ACCUGGAUUUUGACACAUGUCAAAAUCAUCUGUUUUCCCUUCAAUUAACCAUCACAAAAAUCAAUCAAACUGAAGGUUUUCUCGUGUCCGCCAUGGAAGGUAACAAAGACGAAGCUGAAAAGUGUAUCAAACUAGCCGAAAGUUACAUGAAAGAACGCAAUCGCGAGAAGGCCGAGAAAUUCCUUCACAAAGCUGAACGUCUUUAUCCUUCACAAAAAGCCCAAGACUUACUCAUACAAAUAAAACUAAUGGCGGAAAGUAAAAUUGAAACCGAACAACCGAGAAAACGUAAUGUUGCCCCCAAAACGGAGGAGGUCAAAAAGGCCCCCGAGUACACCCAAGAGCAGCUCGAAGCCGUCAAGAAGAUCAACAAAUGCAAGGACUUUUACGAGAUUUUGGGAGUUAGCAAGGACUCGACCGAUUCGGAAAUCAAGAAAGCUUACAAGAAAUUGGCCUUGCAGUUUCACCCCGACAAGAAUAAGUGUCCAGGGGCCGCUGAAGCCUUCAAGAAAAUAGGCAAUGCUGUGGCCGUUUUAACCGACGUCGAGAAACGCAAACAAUACGACCAGUUUGGUCCUGAAGAUGAGCGUCUUUCGUCAAGAWCUCACUACACGAACACAUUCAGRGAGUUUGAUGCUGAUGCCACUGACGAGAUUUUCAACAUGUUUUUCGGUGGUGGUUUCAACGGGGCAAAUGUGUACGUGAGACGAGGAGGGCGGUGGCAAAGACAGACUGCUGGGUCGCAAGAAACUCACCAUAAUCACCAUCACAGAGAACAAAACAACUACUCAGCCUUUGUGCAGCUUUUGCCGAUCAUUUUGGCGAUUGUUUUGUCCAUGGCRUCCAGUUUCUUCGUUUCUGAUCCACCAUACAGUCUGCAAGCGCAUGCGAAAUACCCAAUCAUGAGACAAACAGCAAAUUUGAAAAUUCCAUAUUAUGUUAAAGAAAAUUUCGCAACGGAGUUUCAAGGGUCGGUUCGAAGGCUUGAAAUGUCGGUGGAGGAGGAGUAUGUCUCGAAUUUAAGACAUGCCUGUUAUAGGGAGAAAAAUUAUCGUGAUUCGAUGAUUUGGAAGGCUAGGAAUUUUGGUGAYAAGGAAUUAUUUCAAGCCGCUCAAAAUAUAAAAACACCAGCGUGUGAAAAACUGCAAACGCUGCGUUGAGUAAUGAAGCKGUUUUGUUGGAGUUUUGUUGUUUUAUAGUCAACUUGUAUUAUUUUUGUUAUCUUAUAUUUAUUGCAAUAAGGAUAGUCAUUUAUUCAGGAUUGGAAGCAAAAAUACACUAUCAUGAUA